AUGCCUCCUGCUCCUCCGUCCCAGCUGAUUCCCAAGGACCGAUUCAGUUAUCUGUUCGGGAGAUUAAGAACCCAAAGCUAUACAGAUCCCAACGCGCGCGGGCCUGGCUCUCACAGCAUUCGUACUCUAGCAUGGAAUCCUACUGGCCUUUUGAUUGCAACGGGCUCUGCCGACCGUACACUACGUAUAUGGAAUCCUGAGCGCCCGGAAUGGAGGUAUUCGACCGAGUUACGCGGACAUUCCUCCGGGAUCGAGCAGGUUGCUUUCAAUCCCGUCAAAGAGUCUGAGCUGGCGAGCUGCUCGACUGACGGAACUGUUCGAUUCUGGGACGUGCGAUCCAAGAGUUGCGUCAGUCGCAUUGACGUGGGCGGAGAGGCGUUUACUCUCUCGUGGGCUGCCGAUGGCAGUGCGCUUCUCGUAGGAAGAAUGGAUGACACCCUAGUCCCGAUAUCAGUCGACUCUACAUCCUCGCCAAUCAUCAAGCCACCCACGACCGAAACCGCCAAAGGAACACUAUCGUCACCACUCUACAAAUCCCUCCCUCCCCACAAACAACCCGUCCGCACCAACGGCACCGCAUUCUCCUACUCCGCCUCCAACCCCGACCUCUUCCUCACCACCGGCGACGGCACGGUCCAAGUCGUCACCUACCCAUCCUUCACCCCUCUCCACACCCUCAACGCCCACACCGCAGCUUGUCUGUGCGUCUCCCUCUCUCCAACAGCCCGCUACCUCGCCAUCGGCGGCGGCGACUCUUUGAUCUCCCUCUGGGACACCACGGACUGGAUCUGCAAGCGCACUGUGUCAAGUGCGGGCGGAGGCGCCGUGCGCGGCAUCAGCUGGAGCUGGGAUGGACGAUUCAUCGUCGGUGCCUGCGAGGAGCACGAUUGCGCCGGGGUGGGACUGGAGAUUUUCCAUGCGGAGACGGGGGAUAGUGUCUUCACCGUUCCGACGGACGCGUCGCAUGUUGUUCCGGCGGUGGCGUGGCAUCCGUCUAGGUAUUGGUUGGCCUACUCGGUGUAUGCAGACGGUUUGGGGGCGAGCAGUAAUGGGCUGCGGAUCGUGGGCGCCGCCGGUGGCGGGCUGUGA